AUGAUGGAAUCUGCUGUGCAGUCAAUUCUGGCCCUUCGGGUACCAUCUGACACGCUUCUGAUUGUCAGAACCACCAAUACUAUUAAUACAGCAUCUAUAAUUCCGAAUGACGGCCAUAAAAAGCUCAAGUCUUUCGCUCAAAUAAACCUAGGCAGCAUCUUUACCAUUAGGGACUAUAUUAGGCGAAAUCUGGAACAGAAUCAGAUAGUUUAUGGUCGAGCGUUCUUCCCCCACUUACAGCUGCAAACUUUGGAGGAUCAAACAAAGCUGCUGCUCCGGAAAAGACCUCGCGCUGAUCCCCUGGACCUGGGGACUCUAUACGUCUCUCAACCCAGGCUUUGCGACACCCUCCACCUUGGUCCACACGCGGAUAUCUCUCCAAGUGUUCAAACUAUGCAGCAACCGGAAGAAAGGCAGUGGCCAGGUGACAUCUCCAACCCCACCAAAAAACAUCGUUCCAUACAAGGCAACACGUUGCCUUCCAUUUCCCCGUUUACCAGCAGAGAUAAGGAUCAUGAUUUGGAGUCUCGCUAUGCCCGAAGCUCGCUGGCGCAACCAUAUUCAACCAACUUACUAUUCUCAAAAGAACUGUGCGACAAAGUGGAGCUGGAUGGUUGCAUGACGCCGCCAGCCAUUCGUGCGGUCUGUCGCGAGUCUCAAUGGACCUGUGGUCAAGUUGGCAGCCUGGUUCAUAACAUUUGCGGCAGUAGGCGCAGCGGGUGGUUUAAUCCUGCAAUCGAUGAAGUGUUUACCAAGAUUAAUCGGCGUGAGAGCCUGCCACUGCUGAUAUUUGCUUGGCGAUGGGAAGAAUAA